GGGCGCGCGGCGUGGCGGAGGAGGAGCGGGGCUCGAGCUGCCGGCGGCAUGGCCAAGCAGUACGACAUGGUGGAGUGCCCGUUCUGUGACGAGGUCUCCAAGUAUGAGAAGCUCGCUAAGAUCGGGCAGGGCACCUUCGGGGAAGUUUUCAAAGCCAAGCAUCGUCAGACAGGCAAGAAAGUAGCACUGAAGAAAGUGUUGAUGGAAAAUGAGAAGGAGGGGUUCCCCAUCACAGCCUUGCGAGAGAUUAAAAUCCUUCAGCUGCUCAAGCAUGAAAAUGUGGUGAACCUCAUAGAAAUCUGCAGGACCAAAGCCUCUCCGUACAACCGCUGCAAGGGCAGUAUCUACCUUGUGUUUGACUUCUGUGAGCACGACCUGGCAGGCCUUCUCAGCAAUGCUCAUGUCAAGUUCACGCUUUCGGAGAUCAAGAAGGUUAUGCAGAUGCUAUUGAAUGGACUUUACUACAUCCACAGGAACAAGAUCUUGCAUCGAGACAUGAAAGCUGCAAAUGUCCUGAUAACACGUGAUGGAGUCCUGAAGCUUGCAGACUUUGGGCUGGCUCGAGCUUUCAGCCUGGCUAAGAACAGCCAGCCAAACCGCUAUACCAACCGGGUUGUGACUCUGUGGUAUCGCCCGCCAGAGCUGCUCCUGGGGGAGCGAGACUACGGCCCCCCCAUUGACCUCUGGGGUGCAGGCUGCAUCAUGGCAGAGAUGUGGACCCGCAGCCCCAUCAUGCAGGGGAACACAGAGCAGCACCAGCUCACUCUCAUCAGCCAGCUCUGUGGAUCCAUCACAACAGAGGUUUGGCCAAACGUGGAUAAAUAUGAGCUGUACCAGAAGUUGGAUCUCCCCAAGGGCCAGAAGCGCAAGGUGAAGGAUCGCCUGAAAGCUUACGUCAAAGACCCUUAUGCACUGGACCUCAUUGACAAACUGCUGGUGCUGGAUCCCGCCCAGCGAAUCGACAGUGAUGAUGCGUUGAACCAUGACUUCUUCUGGUCAGAUCCCAUGCCCUCGGACCUCAAAAACAUGCUAUCUACUCAUAACCAGUCCAUGUUUGAGUACCUGGCCCCACCACGCAGAAGAGGUGGACACAUGCCCCAGCAGCCGCCUAACCAAGGCAGGAACCCAGCCGCCACCAAUCAGACUGAAUUUGACAGGGUGUUUUGAGUGUGGGCUUCACCAGUGAGGCCUUUCCAUCUGGGAAGGGACUCUGUUCAAUGUGAGGUGCCUGUUGGCUUUAAUGGAGCUCUGCUGUCUCCUCAAGACACCGUCUCAGCUGCUGUAGAGCUGUGUGACCUGGGAGGUGAUGCCUGUAUUAAAUUUCUUUACCGUAGAUUUCCUGUACCAGAAUCUCAUAAAGAUAAAUAAUUUAAUGGAAUGGUACAGCAGCGGGGCCAGCUCAAGUUAGGUACCACUGGAGAGGAACCAUAAACAAAGAAAUCAUUGGACAGUUACACCCUUGCCAUCUAAGUUGCCCUCCCCUCACAUGGUUGUUCAGCCCAAUAGUUAUGUUUGGGUCUGAGGUCUUGCCGUCCCUCUUUGGAUCCUGUAUGUCCAGGCGGUCCCUUCCUUUUGUUAU